AUGCUUCCAAUCGUUAUUGGCUUCUUGGUGCAAUAUUUCACGCUACCUAUAGCGUUUGCUAAACUUAUACGGUCCCCACUGAAAGAUUCUAAAAUAGUCCCAGUGAUUGCGAGUUCCUUGGGUCAAUUCUGCUGGAUUGAAUUUCUUUACUGCUGGGACAAGUACCUACGACAACCUCUAAUCUCAACUACUUCAUCAGACCAGGCCACUAGGUGCCAUGGAGAUCUACCUCUAUUAAUUAAGACUGAGACUCAUAAUACUCAUAAUACUCAUAAUACUCAUAAUACUCAUAAUACUCAUAAUACUCAUAAUACUCAUAAUACUCAUAAUACUCAUAAUACUCAUAAGGCUCAUAAACAUGACCAAGUUGUCAGCGAUAUGGUUUUAUCAAAUGACGAGGUGGUGGAGCUUGAUUCUAGUCGAGAAACGACGCAAAGCGGAAAUUGCAAGAAGAUAUUUGACAUAGGAAAAGACGUCAAAGAGUGUACUGAAAUAUCCCAAAAGGCUUCGACAUUGUCGCCUAAUAUUGUUCAUGAACUAAUACCCCCCAAUGAUAUGGUUGCAAGUCGAUCUCUCGGUGUUAAUAUUAAGCCUAUUACGACAGUUCCUAUGUCGUUUGAGUUUGCUAAAUCAUUUAAAGAAUCAUCGAUGAUUGCUAAAGCCGCUAUUUACUUUGGUCUUUUCUUGCGAUAUUAUGAAGUGAAUGAGAAAGUGGACUUGCCAUUACUCCCUGUUCCUGACCGUCUACUCAGUGAUCUAAUCGUCGAAUUCUUAGCAGGGUUUGCACUGAGGGUCUUCAUCAAGUCAAAUGUACCUUCUUCUCCCAGGAUUCGGAGCUGGAAGGUUUACAGUAACUGCCUCUUUUCAAGCGCUCUGAAUUUUAUAGUCAGAGCUCACAGAAACUGCAGGGGUAGCUUGAUGUCUCUUGUGCCUCUUGUCGCCUUAGUUGCUCGAGCUAACACCGCGAAUGACGUGGCUCAGUACCUGCUUCUAGCGGGGGCCCCCUAUCUGGGACAUUGGCUCGCUGAUCUGUUGGUUACAAUUCGAUAA